AAGUCAAACAGGGAAGUCAAAGAGGUGCACGAGCACGUGCGCGCAGAAGUCAGAGGUCGUGAGCAAAAUGAUAUGCGCCCCAAGUAUACCGCGUAGCCUGUAGCGGCCCAGAAAACAAAAAUGGGCGGUAUUGUCUCGAAGAAGAAAGAGGAGCCUCCUCCGCCUCCACCGCCACCGCCGAGGCGCGUUACCGAGGCAGAAAAACCGAAGGCGAAGCCAAAAGCCCCACCACCUCCCCCGUCGGCCCCCGAUGUAAGACUUUUGUUCACAGCAUGCCAGUUCGCAUGUCAACGCAUGUUUUUUGCUGGGCUCCUUGCGAUCUUUUUCAAUAUUGCGUUGACUCUUGCUUUCAAAAUUUAUACAGGAGGGCAUCUUUGGGCAGGCACGGGAGCUCAAUACGCUCCUCCUUGGCGGAGAGGACAGUACCUACCAGUUUACCUAUACGGUGGAACUGGACCGGCGGCAGUUUCUCACCUACCUGACGGAACCGCGGGCCUUUAAGAUGCCCGACUUCGAGAAGGAGGAAGACUCGGAUGACGAGGAGGAGACGGCGUUUCAAGCGCCGCUCGAUCCCCGGGACGUGCUACUGCGGCAGCCGCACGAGCCACCAGGCUCGCGACCGAACAAGGCACCCAUGCUCAAAGCGGGGUUGGCGCUGUCCGCAGCGAGAAGUACACUGAAGUUUAUUUUGCGUUGUGACAUGGCUGUCGGUUGUCUUUUUCUUUUAUGUGCAGCGGCCCUGGUGUGCAACAUGCGCGUUCUUGAGUCUAGAGAAAAAUGUUGUCAGGCUUCAUUUUUUUCUAAACUGAAUCAAUCAACAGGUGCGAAAAACUCGCCAGCAAAGAAGAAAAAGAAGAAGCCCACGACGGGGUGGAGACAAACAAAUCAGCGCGUGACGUUCAAACCCGAGAACGCCAUAUUACCCGGUGGGCAGUACUAUCUCGGAACAGAUGAGCAGUUCACCAAAACGUACGAGCCUUGGGGGAUCAAGUUCGACCUGCACAAAUUUCCGCUGCAGGUGGAGAAAAUUCAGUCCGGGUCGGUGGCGGACGAGCACGCGGCGCGGCACCCCCAGGACACGAUCGAAACGGGGGACUUGCUCGUGGAGAUCAAUGACAUGCUAUCGAAAGGAAAAAUCCCCCCUCCCCAUAUCGAAAACGAAAUUUGUGAUGCUGUAUUUGAGGCCACAAAUCAGAUUUGUCUUGCUGGCGAGGACUGCAGGCCCAUAUCAGGCCUGAGUAGACAAGUUUUGGCCUAGGCGCUUAGCAUGGCAGACGUCGUCGCUGUAGGAGCAACAGCAUGACAAACCGCCUGUAGAAUGUGGCGGAGCCUGUAGACUUGCCUUCAUGCAAUACAGCGACGAUUUGUGGUCUCAAAUCUGCAUCACAAAUUUUCAGAAGUGUCCCGGUUUGGUAUGGGGAGGGGGGAUUUUUCCUCACAAUACAUGCCAGUCUGUCCCUCCGCCGGAGUGUACCACCAACGGCGAAAGACGAACAUGAGCGCCAAGGAAAUUAGGGAAGAAGAGGAGCUGGCCAAGAUGAGCGUAGUUGUUGUUUUGUUGUUUUCGAACUAGCACGUUAUUUACCGUUUAUGUUUUUUGUUUUCCGUUGCAGUUUUUACAUCGGUUUCUUUGUUUGUUCCCGACAAGGUGAUGAAAGGUGUUUGUUUGUGUUUAGGGCUGCGAAACGACAGUGGAACCUCGAUACUUGACAGGAAACGCGUCUCCGUGCACGGGAAGAGGCGUUUUCACGAAAGCAAGUGGAAGACAAACCCAAUCCCGUAGCCGAGGGCGAGGAGGGCGAGAAGAAAGAAGGCGAAGCUGGAGCGGAAAACGCAGAAAAAGAAAAGCCUGAGGAAAAUAAAUCGCUCACUGUUGCAGCCGCAGAGGUGGCGCCGGCGCGACCCCGCCGGGGUUCGCUGCUGCUGAACGCAAGCAGCACGGACUGGCACGGCUACGACCUGUCCACGGUUGCGCGCAUGGGCCCGAGUGGGAACCGGUUCGGGUUCUACCACUCCGAGAGCGACGUGGUGAAGCCGAUUGACAACCUCGCCUGGGACCAAGAGGAGGCGUACAGCCGGCUCGACGUGGUCAACAAGGAACUGUUUGACCUGUAUUACUACACGCCCAAGGUGAAGCUGCGGUUCGUGCGGAUGAACCUGCCCCAGUACGACGCGGGCCACGGGUUCUCCUACACAUUGAACCUGGUCCGCAAGCGUCAGCCCGCCGGCAUGCAGAAGACCCCGUGGGGGAUCGUCUUCCACCUCGACUGGGAAGAAAUCCCGGCCACCGAGAUGAUGGGGGACACGUUUUACACUAACACGUCGGGGACCACCAGUUUCGACGACACCGCCUCGGUGCUGGAUUCGGAGUCCGACCCGGGCGACCGCCAGAAGCAGGGGCUAGACCGUUUCGUGUCCGCGGCGCACGGACAGCAACAGCACGCGUUCGGCGGCUACCAAAACUACGAGGGCGGGCACAUGGCGAGCGAGCCCAGCAGCCGGGUGCGGAAGCAUCCACCGGCGCACCAGAAGAAGCGGCCGCUGGCCUUGACGGACAUUGACGAGGUGGUGGAGCAGGCUGCUGACGUAAGAAGCGCGCCGAGGGCGUCGUCCUCCUCUGCUUCCUCUAGCAGUAGCAGCAGUCGUGGCCCCAGCAACGGGCUGCAGAGGGGUUCAUCAUCGAGGGAAGGCGAGCAUUACGCGGAGCCGCCCCGGCGGCGGGACGUCAGCACGCGGGGCAGCGGAUACUCCCUGGACGAGGAGGAGGAAGAUGAAGACCCGGAGGACGGCAUGCCGCCAAGUGGACACCUGCGGUACAAUCCGCUAUCCCUGAGUCACACGCGGCGGUCGUACGAGGAGGAGGACGACGACCUGCUGGACACGCAAGAGCACCUGCCGGAGAGCGCACGGCUGCCACCGCCCGCGCAGCGACCGGUGCAUCAUGACCUCCCGAGGAUGAAGCCGGCGGAAACUACCGCCGCAAAACCGCGGCCGGCUCGCCGACGGCCCGGGACCAAGGAAGAGGACGAGGAGGAGGACCACCUGCACAUGAGCUACCAACCCACGCAGCCGUUCCCCGACUCGCUGCUCGGGCUGGGGGGCGCCGGCGAGGAGAAGGGCGAGCGCGGCGAGGAGUUCACCGGCACCGCGGAGGGCAGUCGCAGCGUGGAGCACACGCGCAGCAGCAGCUCGUCGAGUCAGCCCUUCAUGCGGCAGGCGCCGGAGGAGCCGCGCCUGAUCGGCGCGGAUCACUUGCUAAACCGCAGCACGGCCGAGGGCUACGGCUUUGGGCGCAACCUGCGGCUGCGCCGGGUGAUCAAGGUGCACAGCAUCGAGAAGAGCACCGUUGCGAGUCGGUGGAACGAGCAGGACCCGGACGUCCGGGUGUUACCCGGGGACAAGGUGAUGAAGGUGCAGGGAGUGGACGUCUCCAGCAUCCCCUGGGACUUUUUGCUGCUGCCGCCCUACCCGGACGAGGAGGAGUUGCUCGCGGGGCAGGAAGAGGAGGAGCGGUCCGAGCGGGCGGCCAAACGGAAGCAGGACGCGAUGGCGGCCAGCAGCACCGGGAGCUUCGGCGGCGGCAGCCCCCUGUCGCGGUACUCGCGCCGGCACAAUGAGGUGGACGUGAACAUGACGAUCGAGGACCCGACGCCGGGCCCCGCGGGCGCCGCGUUCGAACGAAAGAUGGAGGAGUGGAAGCUACAGGUGGUGGAGCAGUUCAACCAGCACCGCGCCCUGUCCACGAUUUUCGAACUCGUCAUCGAAGUGCUGGCCGAACCGUCGACGCAGGCGGAAGCGACCGCGCGGCAGAAGCGCAACUCCAAGUUGCCCCCGCGGCUCCGGCAGAGAAAGUUUCGCACGUAUUUGAAGUGCAAGGCAAACUACUUUCCGCGUGAUUUGGAGCUGGAAAUGGACCUGUACCGCUACGACCCGGAGGCGGCCAUCCGGAAGCACACGAAGCAGACCCUCCGGUCCCCGCGGCGCAUGCUGGACUUCAUGGAAUCGGAGGGCGGGGUCAAGCCGCUGCCCAAAACGCAAUCCCCGCAGAGUCCGAUGCACCGGCCGAGCCCGCCGGGAUCGCCGGACGCGGGCAAGGAGCUGGCCUUGAAAGAGAUGGAGGAGGAGGUGUUUACGUACGAAGCGCCUCCCACGCUGGAGGUGCCCACCGCCCUCGCGAAGUCAAGGUUCAAGGUGUUCUUGAACCGCAGCGCCGUGGACCUGCCGUGGGGCAUCUACCUGGACGAGAGGUUUGCGACGCUGAACAUUUACAUCGUGCAGGAGAUCGAGGAGCAGGCCGAGGUAUGGAUUGCAAAAAUGUCUGGGUCUGGAAGAAUGCAGGACUUUGCCAUGCAGAUUUCGCAUGACCCAUGAGGUCUGUCAUGCAUGCCCUAGCAUCAGACAUUUUGCGAGGGCUUUCUGAUGCUCAUACCGCAUGAGAAAUGCCCUCUCCGCGUAGCGCCAAUUACACCUUUUUUGCUGUUCAUGCAAUACAGAUUUUAUGUAGAGUCCAAAUGCAGCAUCACAAGUUGCAUUCUUCCAGACCCAGACAUUUUUGCAUUUGAUACGAGGCGCCGGUGUGCCAGUGGAACGAGUACGUCCAGUAUCAAAGGCAAAAGUGUCUGGGUCUGGAAGGAUGGAACUUGUGAUGCGUCCUGUGGGUCACACAAAAAGCUGUGUUGCGUGAUCACCAAAAGUUGUCCUUUUUUGACCAACCUGAGCGGGAGUUUCUCAUGCAGGAUAGGCAUGAUAGAGACUUCGCAGAAUCUGUCAUGCUAGGUCCUGCAUUCCAGAUGUCAUGGGGCAUGGAAAAUAUGCAUGACGAGUCUGCAUUCUUCCAGGCCCAGACAUUUUUGCAUUUGAUAUCAAGGACGUCGGGGCCUUCGGGUGCCAGCUGCAAACGGGGGACUUGGUUCUCUCGUUCAAUGACAAGUCGGUGUGGCACGAGGCGGAGGGCGAGAUUCAGCACGGGCUGAGGCUGGUGCUCGAGUGCUACCGCCCCCCCUACAAGCCCUGCGCCAUGACGAGUCCGCCCUUCCUGCAGACCAACGAGAAGUUGCUGGACGUGUGCUGGGCCCGGUCGCGGUUCUUGACCACCGUGUACGACGACGAGGAGGCGCUCGCGAACACCCCCGACGGGGGGCUGCGGGACACGCACUACUGCGUGGUGCUGCACUCGUUGUCGCCGGACCGCUGGUACAUCGUGGACGGCGCGACCCGGAAGGCGCAGGACAUCUCUACAGUGUGCCACGCCAUCCCCGCACCGGUCUUGUCCGUCAGCGUCAUCAAUUUGCCGUCGCUGCGCAGGUACAGGCAGUUGCGGUUUUUGUAUGCUUGUUUUGAAUUCAUCUCGACUUGUUGUUUUAUUUUCGUCAUUCUUUUCAGUACGAGUACUUACGCGUUUUUGACGGCUCUUCCUUCACACUGUACAACACACAGUUACGAGGCCUAUGUGGCGAUUCGCAACAGCCAGGGCUGGAGUCCGUUUUCCAAGGUGAGCAACCGCGAGCGGUUGGAGAAGUUCAUUCAGCUGAAGAUCGUCCAGAAAAAGAACGACGGCAUCGCCGCGCAGAUCCGGUUCGUGUGCGUGCUGGAGGGCCCGGACCGGGCGCCCCUGUUUGCGGACCCGGAUUUGAACGCGCCCCUGCACAAGGAGGGCGUGGCGGCGGGCAGCAUCAUCGAGGGCACCGACCUGAAGAACGGGUGGAUCCGCAUGGAGAAGUCGAAGGGCGGUAUUUUGUGGCAGCGGUACGCCCGGUCCGAGCACUUCAUGCUCGAGGCGGAGCUCUACAAGCAGCAUAAGCUGUUGGUGCUCGCCCCCACGUCGUUAUGACAGUGCACAACUCCCCCCCUCAUUUGUCAUGCAAAACGCCAAAUGCAGUCACUGCCCUGUGGCACUGUUUGCAUGACAAAUUUCGGAAGCCCGAACAGUACUACAUCAGGCACAUAAAUUUGUCAUGCGUAGGCUCCGCGUGUGCUGGUGUUUGUAUUGCUGUUCAUGCCAUACAAAUUAGCGGGAGGGGGGGUUGUGCACUCUCAUAGUCGUUCGAGACGCUGGUCGGCCGCUUCCCCACGGACGCGCCGCGGUCGCUGGAACCGCAGCCGCUCCCGAUCUCCCUCGCGGGGCUGGACCGGCAGUUGGUGCAGGAGCACUACACCACCAUGAAGGAGUGGCGCGAGUACUACCGCCGGGUGGAGCGGGAAAAGGUCGAGGCCGCGAACGCCAAGAAGGUGGCCGAGCUGCUUGGCGCCGCGGAAGAACAGAAGCGGUUGGAGGACGAGCGGGAGCACCGGCUGGCGUCGCAGAAGUUUUUUCGCGUUAACGAGGUGCUGGAAGCCGUCGAGGACGGGGUUCCGCGCGACAUCAAGGACAUGUUCAAGAAGCGGGUGGAGACCAGCGACCGCGCGAAGCUGGACAUAUGAGGGUGCACAACUCUCUUUCCCCCUCUUUUGUCGUGCAAAAUCCCAAAUCCAGUUGCUGCCUUGUGGCACUGUUUGCAUAACAAACUUCGGAAGCCGAAACAGUACCACGCUGAGAGCAUGAACUUGUCAUGCACAGCAUCCACGAGUGCUGGUGUUUGUAUUGCCUUUCAUGCAAGACAAAUGAGGGAGAGCGGCAGUUGUGCACUUUCAUAGGACAACGUGACUACCUACAAGGCGGUGCUGGUCCGCAAGAUGCCGGAGGAGGACUGGGGCAUCAAGUUCGACCCCCGGCUGGAGCAGGCCGGGCAGAAGGUGAUCCGGAACGUGAUUAUCGAUUACAAGGUGCCGAACGUGGUCACCCGGUGGAACCGGCUGCAGGCGGAGCGGCGGAUGCCGUACCUGGAGGUCCGGGUCGGCGACCGGCUGCUGGCGGUGAACGGAAAAACUUCCAUUUUCGCCAUGGACGAACAGAUGGAGCGCAGCAAGGAAAUCCGGUGCGAAUUCUGUCGCACGGGCGACGCGAGGAGGCCCUUGCCGGACCGCCGGCACGCGGGGAACAAGGAGGAACUACUGGCGGGCGCACAGUUCGACAAAGACGUGCAGGUACUUUUUUUACGUAGAAGUCAUGGUGGGGUUCUGGUUUUUGUUUUUCGACGAAAACGUUUUUUUUACUUUCAGAGUUGUGUACUCUUUAUUUUGGCACGGUGCGCAGUUUCUCUUUCUAUGUGUUUUCAGCAUGAAACCCAGGUCUUCAACAGCGACGUGAUGCGGGAGCCGCACCGGGUCUUGUUCAAGAGUCACGAGCCGCUCGGGUUCGCGAUCGACUGGCGGUCGGGGUUCCCGUUGCGCGUCAAGUACGUGGCGAAGGGCUCGAUGGCCCUGAAGAUGGGCAUGCAGGAAAACGACAUCAUUUUUGCCAUCAACGGCCAGGUAUCAAAUGUAAAAAUGUCUGGGUCUGGAAGAGUGUAAACUUGUCAUGCAGAUUUUCCAUCACCCAUGAGGUCUGGAAUGCGGGACUUAGCAUGACAGCCUCUGCGAGGUCUCUGCCAUGCCUAUCCUGCAUGAGAAACUCCCUGCCAACUUCGUCGAAAGUGAACAGCUUUUUGCACUCAUGCAACACAGAUUUUUGUAUGCUUGAGAUUUACCAUGACAAGUUACCACCUUCCAGACCCAGACAUUUUUGCAAUGCAUACCAGGAGGUUCUAAAGCGCCACUUCGAGGGCCCGGAGGGAACCGAAGGGUGCAGGAAGCAGAUCGAUCCGGCCUUACGGGAACGACCAUUGGAGGUUGUGCUGCACAGAGGUACAAUUGUGCUUACUUUUAUUUACUGCGAUCUGUUAUUUGAAUUCACCCGUUGUAGUUUUCCGCAGAAAUAAGGAUCUACGCGACUAUAGCUUUAGCUUGAAUCUGAAGUUGUAAGUAUCCGAAAAAAGUGACAAGGUCUUGAAAUUAUUAGGCGGGACCUAUAUGAUCAGGCGUUAAGAACGAGAAAAAUAGAAUAAACGCAACACAUCAUCAAAAUACAAUUAUCCAAACCCAGCCAUCCGUUUCGAGAUGUUGAAGUGCUUCCCGCCCCGAGCGAAGACCGUGAUUCGAAUGAUAGUGCCGGAGGGUAUUCGUCUGGGCUUUACGUUCGACGUCGACCAGAUGCCACCACCGGUGCGGCACGUGAAGCCGUUUUCGCGCGCGAUGCGCACCAAUGUGCACAUUGCGGACGCGCUAGUGGCGGUGAACGGGCAGAAGGUGGCCAACUACAUGCUGGAGAGCUACUCGGGCAUCACCGGAACCGGGCACACCAUCCUGGACCAGCUGCUGGCGGAGCGACCACUGGAACUGAUCUUCGAGCGCGGUCACUACGAGCUAUCAAAUGCAAAUAUGUCUGGGUCUGGAAGGAUGUAACUUGUGAUGCUGCGUCUGGAUUCUACAAAAAUCUGCAUUGCGUGAACAGCAAAACAGGUCUAGUUUUUGCCACGUCGAGAGGGGGGGGAAGCCCUCGCAAAAUCUGUGAUGCUAGGGCAAGCAUCACAGGCAUCAGGAGUCAUACAAAAUGUGCAUGACACCAGACCCAGACACUUUUGCACUUCAUACGGGCCGCCCUACCCCGAAAACUUCAUCAUCACAAAUUGCGGCUUCGCCUACGAUCCCGAAACUGUUAUCACUUUCACGCUCGGCGGCCUCGUACCCGCAAGCUUCCGCUACGAAUACAACCCGUUGCGGGAUAUUUUGCCGAGGCUCGGCGCACCGUUGCCGAAAAAUCUGCUGCGGAAAGGUAGAGAUGAAUAGAUGAUAGAGAAAAUGCAUAGAGUAGGUGGAACCCUUAAAAACGUUAACAUAAGUACUUACUUCCACGCCACACUUUCCUUAUCAGAUCUCUGCGUAGUUAGUUCCUCGUGCGCGACAGUUUUUGACUUCUUGUACCCGUGAGUAUCUAUCUGUAUCAAAAUCCGCUCAAGGUCUUCGGGAGGGCGACUUCAUCCUGGCGAUCGACGGGAUCAUGUUUUACGACUUCGAGAAUUACGAGCACGAGUUCCCGACAAAGCUGUACGCGCCGGACGAGAAAAAGAUCAAGUUCAUGCUGCACGACGAGGACCGCAUGUUCACCAUCGGCGCCCUGCGCCUGCAGUCGCACUGGCGCGGCCACCACGCCCGGAAAAACGUGUACGCCAACCUCAAGGCGAAGGCCAUCGAGGAAAAGUUCACGAAGAUGAUGAUGAACAAGAUGGCAAACGUGGUCCGGUCCGAGGAGGACGAGCAGGCAAUCAAGGAGCGCAUGGUAGUGAAACUGCAGAAGGCCUGGCGACGCCGACAGGUCAUCAAGGAGGCGAAGCAGCGAGCGUACUGCUUUAAUACUGAAGAUUUACUUGCUCAUGAUACUUGGUUUUCUUGGAUUCAAUAGUUUCUUGUUCUUCCGGUUGUUGUCUCUUGAAGGGAAAUAUCAUAUGAUCUUUUUGAAAAAUCUAAUCACGACCUCUAAAUUGCACAGCCGCGAAAAGGAGAUAGAGGCGGCGCUGCGGGGGAGUGGCGGGCAGCUGAUGCUCGACGAGCAUGGAAAUAUGGUGCCGGUGCCGGUCUCCCCCCACGCCCACAUUCUGCUCAACAAGCAGCCCACCGGACCCCUGGUGGACAUUCCCGAAAGCGAGGGCUUCAGUUCCAGCGGCGCGUCCGAUCAGGAGGUGAUCGGGUCCACGCCGUUAGCGCUGGCUAAGCCGCCGCCGUUCUCGAGUUACUUCGUGAAGUUGAGUCGCGAACCGAACCAGAAGUGGGGCAUCGCGUUUGAUAUCGACCGCGGCAUCCUGAUCAACGUGACGACGGACGGGAUGUUUGCCAGCUGGCGGGACAACAAGGUCACUGUGGGCGAUAUCUUGUAUUCCGUCAACGGACAAGUGGAACCGCGCAAGUUCUACGAAAUUCUUGCAUCCGCAAAGGACGUCCGGGUACUUACAAUUUUUUUUGCUCCAAGUUCAGUUGUACGGCCCACGUUGUUAAGAUUGAGUUUUUUUUACUGGGUGAAUUCUUUCCGAGAGUCAAAAAUUUUUGCUGUAUGCGGUGCCUGCUUCCAUGCAGAGAAUAUUAUGCUGGAUGAAAUUGAAUCUAUUGUCGGUCAUUCCUCCUCCCAGGUGGAGUUCCGACGGCUGCGCACGGCGGAGAACCGUGCGCCCUUCGAGGCUACAAUCACCCGGCAGAGUGCAGAUGAGAAGUGGGGCCUGAUCCUGGACAUGGGUACGGGGGAGAUCACCCGCAUCACCGACAAGGGGCCGUCCGCGCGGUAUAACCAGGAGGUGGUGCGGGCCACCGCGAGCAAGUCAAACUGUCUGCACCCGGGGGACAAGGUGCUCGCGGUCAACAAGGUGCCGUUGGGAGGCUAUCAAAUGCAAAAAUGUCUGGGUCUGGAAGAAUCCGAACUUGUGAUGCUGCAUUUGGAUUCCAAAAAAAUCUGUAUUGCAUAAGCAGCAAAGGGAAUGCAAUUUUGGCUACGUGGAGAGGGCAUUUGUCAUGCGGAAUUGGCAUCGCGAAGCCCUCAAAAAGUCUGUGAUGCUAGGGCAUGCAUCACAGAAAUCAUGGCCCAUGCGAAACGUGCAUGACAGGUCUCAGAAUCUUCCAGAACCAGACAUUUUUGCAUUUCAUAGAGGCCAAGACGAAACCAUGUUUCAGGGAGUACAGCUGCAACUCUUCGUGGUCCCCCGCACCUUCGAGCAACUGCUGCCAAGCCGGGCCGCCGCGCUCUAGACGGCAUGGAAUUAAUAUUCGUAUAGCUGUUCUCGAACUACAUUUUAGAACUGUAGUUCAGUAGUUUUCAACAUCAAUCCUUGUUGAUAACAACGAACAACGUACAAGAUGGCUGUAGUUGAUAUAGCUCGAAUGAUGUUUGUUGCAGGUGGGCUCGUGUGGUCGUAGUUCCCGAAUGUACAACUCUAAUCGGCGUUGCGAGCGCGACACGAAUGCUGAUUUUUCUGUCCAAUGAACUAUCUAAUAAAUUCGUUUCUCUUCACUAAUGAACUCUAGAAUUCGAUUUUGGUUUCAAAUGAACUGUAAUCGCAACUGUAAUAAAACAAGCGCUAGUUGAGAUACUCACUGCAACGCUCGAGUUGUCUGGCGCCUGACGGACAGCAGAGUGUGAGCGAUGGUAGAUAUGAUCGCAAGCAGAAAACAAAGUUUGGUCCUUCGUAUCUUACAAGAGCAAAAAACCGUUAUUUUCGUAGAUUCACACCCAAUUGCAGAACAGACGUGAGUCUGGAUAAAACGCUGAUUGUAGAUUCUUCACCGCAUUCUUUUUGGAUGGAAAUUAGGCUCUGCUCGUAAACAAUUGCAUUUCAAAGAACGCCGUAUUCUCGUCUGUACAAUAAAAGAAGGAAAAGAACAAGAAGAAGGAAUAGGAUAAUGUCCGUAAGUCAGGACUUAGUCUUGCGGCUUUCGGCGCGGAUCGGUCGAGCGG